AUGCGCCAAACCCUUCGUCGGUCCUGUGCUGCAUGCGCCAAGUCUAAACUGAGCUGCGACCUGCGCAUCCCACGCUGCUCUCGCUGCACCAAGCGCGACGUCCUGUGCGUCUAUGCGAACGAGCCGUGGACCGCGCAGCCACCCGCUGCUCCCGGGCGUGGAGAAGGCAGAUCAGCAAAGCCAGCACACGGACUGGUAACUCUAACAGACUCCCAAUUUGGUAUCCUGGAUCCUUUCGAAUCAUACCCGCCGACGAAACUGCCCCGAGAGCACGUCCAACGUCUCAUCCAUACCUUUAUCCACAAGAUUGCGUUCGAAUACUAUCCUCUCGACUUGAACCCAACGUCCAACCCGUUCCUUGUCUCGUGGUGGCCACUUGCUUUGGGCGACCCGGCACUGUUUCACGUCUCCCUCCAGACAGCAUGUCUUGAUGAGGAGUUGUUGGCCCAGAGGGGCUUUCAAACCUCCGAGCUUCUUAUGGCAGAGUCAGUGGCGUUGCUGAGACGCAAGAUUGACGACUUGUCACUGGCCAUGCAGGACGUCACGAUGAAUUCCGUCAUCACCUUGGCAGCUAUCGAAUUUGGCAAGGGCAACAUCCGCGUCAGCGAGAUGCAUGUCGAUGGAGUCAAAAGACUGGUCAACCUGAGGGGUGGGAUCAAUUCCGUGAGGCAGACGAGCCCUUUGACGGCGAGAAUGGUCAGUUGGGUAUCGUUACUUAUCAAGGGUCAUCCUCAAUUCAAGACCCAGGAUGACCUCGGAAUUGGAGACGGCAUACCUCCCAUUCCUGAAUGGCAGUUGGACACGACACUCCUGCCCGACAAUAUAUCAGAGCUUAGCAGCCUGUAUAUCGACUAUUCAGUCUGGAAUGUGUUUAUCCGCCUCCUCAACGCAUUCCAACGGAUGCGAUACACACCUUUCACACCCGCGCGACUCCAUGAUCUCACAUGCUUUGUUGUCCAUCGACUUCUCUUCUCGGCUCCGGACAUGUCCAGCCCUCAUUCUUCACCGGUUACCGAAUCCAUUCGUUACGCAAUUAUACUCUACAUGUUCACCAUUCAGGGGCCGACGUAUUACUCGCAUGCGGUCAUAUUGAACAUGAUAGUUGCCCGGUUCAUGGAGCAACUAACAAGACUCUACUCAACACCCCACGUGCCUGGUUCGCUUGAUCUAUGGCUUAUUUCGAAUGGCCUCGUCGCCUCGAGCGGCACGCCUCUCUACCAGUGGUUCAUGGAAAGAGCACGGGCGCUGGCCGCUGAAUUACAAUUGACGAGCUGGGACGAUGUUCUUGUGCGUAUCAAAUGUAUCCUAUGGUUAGAGACGACGCAUGCUGAAGGUAUCUUUCGACGUCACUGGGACGUUAUCCUGGAUGCUGCAAAUAGUCCAAGGCCACCGGAUCAUACGCUCGUGUCCCAGCGAGAAGCACCGCCGGAGGACUUACAUGGAAUAUUAUUCCAUCGCCAAACGACUCAGCUUACCAGCCAGUAA